AUGGAAAAGUGGCUCAGUCUCGAAGCAGACGUCGGGCUUGUGCUUCGGUUUGAGGGAGUGGAGAAACGCGGAGCGCGGGGGCGCGGGCGCGGCGGAUCCGUCGACUGUUACUGGGCGCUGUUCCGCCUUGCGCUGCCGUCCAUUCUGCUGCAGAGCGGCGCGCCCCUGGCGAUCACGGUGCAGACGGCGCUGCUGGGCCGCAAGGACACGCAGCUCGUCGCCGCGUGGGCCGUCAUGCGCGCGCGGGGCGUGGGGAUGCACGCGGGGGCCACGGGGAUGCCCGCGGGGGCACGGGGAUGCGCGGUGGGGCCAUGGAGAUGCGCGCGUGCGGUGGGGGAUGCACGCGUGCGGUGGGGGAUACGCGCGUACGGCAUGGGGAUGCGCGCUGAGACCAUGGGGAUGCGCGGGGGAGAGCAUGGGGACGCGCGUGGGGCACGGGGGAGCGCGCACGAAGCAUGGGGAUGCGCGCGGACAGGACGGCACCAGCAGAGCGACGAGCUUGCAGGGGCAGAGCAGAGGCAGGCAGGGCCCUCUCGUCUGAUUUUGAGGCGCCUCAAAAUCGCCCACUGGCCGGCACGGCUCGCGCCUCGCCUGCUUUGCCGCUUGUACCUUUGUAGGCACCGAGCUGAUGAGUUGAUUGUGGUGGCAAGAGCCGGUUGGGUUGGCUUCCUCUCCCUCCCACCUUUCUCAUCCUCGUUCCUCAUCACCCUUUCUCAUCCUCGUUCCUCAUCACCCUUUCUCAUCCUCGUUCCUCAUCACCAUUUCUCAUCCUCGUUCCUCAUCCUUCUCAUUUCACCGACCCUCCCCCUUCCCUUGUCCUCACUCUCCCACUCUCCCUCCCCCAUCCCCUUUCUCUCUCCGCAUCUGCUCCUCCUCGCAGCGGCCACGAAUGCAGCGACAGUCAUUUUCAACUUCCUUGUUGUCGGCGUCACAGCUAAGGUCACCAAGGUGGUAGCAGUGGGCGCGUGGGCGCAAGUGGGGGUGCGAAUCCGCCUCGCACUCGCCAUGGCUCUAGCCACCAGUGCACUGGCCGUGGCGCUGCUGCUGUCCUCUCAGGGGCUGCUGUGGGCGCUGCUAAGUGACUCGCCCUCCGUGCUGCAGUACGCUAAGAGUUACUUUUACUUGAGAGUCAUGGGCGUGCCGCCGCAGCUGCUGGUCAUGUGCACUUCCGGCGUGCUGCAGGGAUACAAGCACGUGGCGCUGGUGGCAUGGCUGCAGGCAGCACGAGCGCUGCUGGACGUUGCCGCAUCCUACCUCUCCCUCUACGUCCUUGACUGGGGCAUUGUGGGUGUUGGCAUCGGCACCUUCCUCGCAUCCUGCACCGUCGCAGCUGUUUCCUUAGCCUGUAUCCUCCUCCUGCCGCCUCCCCAGGGCAAAGGGAAGAUUGUUGUUUUCCCACCCAUCCUGUCGUUUCUGGCUCGGAAGGUCGCCGUACCGCAGGUUCUGCUCUGCCGAGCCUUGAGCCAGCGGGUUUCCCGGACCUGCUCAAAGGUCCGGGUGGGUGGUGCAGCGGCGUUGGCGGACGCUCAGGUGCUGCUGCUGGAUGGGAGGGAGAGGGAGGGGACUGGGAAGGAGGUGGGCGGGAUAGAGGAGACAGUACUGGCGGUUCUUGAAGGGAGAAUGUUGAAGGCGGGUAGAGAUGUUGCUUCAGUGCAUGUGAAUGAUCAACGGGCACAUGGGUGUGCGCGUGAAGAUGAGGCGCGAUCGAGGGACGAGCAGGCAACCAGAGUGGGAGGUCGGGAGGAGGAGGGAAGGGCUGUAGAGGGAGGGGAUGAGGAGGGAAGGGAGGAGGAUAGGGUGGGGAGGGAAGGUGAAGCAGAGGGGGGAAGGAGGAGUCGAGCGGAUGAUGCAACGCAUAGCCGGAUGGUCGCAGAGGAGCCUGAAAACGAGGGUGAUGGAAUUGCUUAUAACGAGGACAUGGUUAUGGGUGGGGAUGGAAGGGGCAUGCGGGAAGGGGGUUGUGCGGAGAGUGUGGAGGUCAGAGUGGUGGUGGGGAGGGAGGAAACUUCCACGGUGCUGCUUUUGAAGACUGGGGAGGAGGAGAGAGUGGAGAAGGGGGGGAGUGUGAGGAGUGAUAAGGGAGGGAGUGGGGGCAGUAACAUUGGAGAAAGGAGGGUCGGAGAGAAGGGAGAGGGCGCGGAGGGGAAGUGCAAGGCGGAGGAGAUGGAGGAGGCGAGGAUAAACGAGAAUUUUAUUCACCCGCCUUCUCCUGUCGCUGGCACCCUCCCUGGCACACGUCCCAUGCAGCUCUCUUUCUUCCUCGUGCUCGCCUGUGCCACUUCACUCGGCGUGCAUGCUGUAGCUGCGCAUCAGCCCAAUUUCCACCCCCGCAGAACCUCAUGCGGCCGCAGGAGGGAAGCAUCUACAUCGCAGAUAGAGUCGCUGCUCCCGAGACCUAAACCCCACCCCUCCCCUCCGCCCUCCCUCUUCCACCAUUUGCGCAUUCCCGUCCCCCCACUGCAGAUCCUCAUGCAGCUGUGGAUGAUCCUCAUGCAGCUGUGGAUGGUCAACAUCUACAUCGCAGAUGGCUUUUCCACAGCAGGCACCAUCGUGGCCAGCAGCCUGGCGGGACGGAUGGCGCAGGCGCAGACCAGGGGCGAGCAUGCAACCCUCUUGGCGGACCUAAGGCUCGUGUGCUGGCGUGUGCUGCGCAUGGGAUUGAUUGCAGGCAUCCUCAUCUGUGCGGCAUACACAUCCCUGGAGCGCCACAUCGUUGCGCUCUUCACAUAUGAUGAGGCCACCAAGGCGCAGCUGAGGCACGUGUGGCUCUUCCUCGCGCUCAUGCAACCACUCAACUCCGUGGUAUUCGUGUAUGAUGGUCUCAUCUAUGCGGCACAGGCCUUUUCCUACAUGGCCGCAUGCUUGGCUGUUGGUUUUUUCACGCUCUUCCUUCCCAUCGUCUCAAUGCCAUAUUUUGCCCUCAGUUCGUCCGCAUUAGUAUAUUGUUUCCUUCAUUCCCUUUUCCCUUCUCCUCGCUUUUUCCUUCUCUUCCCUUUCCCUUUUCGCCUUUCUCCUCUCUUCCCUUUCUCGUCGUUCACUUAUCCACAUCUUCCCGUUUACCGUCGUUUCUCUUGUCCACCUCUCCUCAUUCGCCUUGUCCCAUCUCUUUCGGUUCCCCCUCCAUUCACACCGCUCGUAUACCUUCUCCCUCUUCUUUUCCUCCUCCUCCCCCCCGCAUCCCUUGCCGCUUUCCCAUUCCCAUUUCACCAACUCCCUCUUCUCCCCCAUCUCUUCCCCUCCCUCCCUUUUCCCUUCUUCCAAUUCAAGACGUUUCUAGCCGCGUGGGCGGCCAACGGGGUGCUCAACACAAUGACUUCUCAGUCGGGCAGCAACUUGAAUCCUCCAUCUCCUUCGCUCAACGCCUCCUCCCCCUUCCCUCCCAACCCCCCCUCCUACAGCACUUGCAUUCUUCCGCUUCAAGACCCUUCUGGCCGCGUGGGCAGCUAA